AUGAUCUAUUGCAAGAAGCCCAACCCACAGAAAUACAAAACCCUAAACCCUAACUUCUGGUCUAUUUAUUUCCUACCGCCCCGCCCACAUUUCACACAGCCUUCUUCCUCACCAUCUUCCCCACUCUUUGGUAAGGUUGAAGUUGAAGCCACAAUGUCGAAGAAUCCGAAGGUUUUCUUUGAUAUUCUAAUUGGAAAAAAUAAAGCUGGGAGGGUAGUAAUGGAGCUUUUUGCUGAUGCUGUCCCCAAAACAGCUGAGAAUUUCAGAGCACUAUGCACUGGUGAAAAGGGGAUUGGACAAUUAGGGAAGCCUUUACAUUUCAAAGGGUCUGGUUUUCAUAGGAUAAUUCCAGAUUUCAUGUGUCAGGGAGGUGAUUUUACGAGAGGGAAUGGGACUGGAGGAGAGUCAAUUUAUGGGUCUAAGUUUGCAGAUGAGAAUUUCAGUUUGAAGCAUACUGGACCUGGGAUUCUUUCCAUGGCGAAUUCUGGACCUAAUACUAAUGGUUCACAGUUUUUUAUUUGUACCAGUAAGACUCAGUGGCUUGAUGGGAAACAUGUUGUGUUUGGUAAAGUUGUUGAUGGGUAUAGUGUGGUUCAGGAGAUGGAGAAGGUGGGUUCACAAAAUGGUAGGACUUCAGAGCCUGUUGUAAUUGAUGAUUGUGGAGAAGUCAACAACUGA